CGCAGGACCCGCGCGGGCGGGAGGGCGUGGGGAGGCAGGCCGGGCGCGCACGCCGCCGGGCCCUAUCGCCGCCUCCACCGCCUCCCGGACGGGAAGUGAGCUGCCCGGGUCCGCAGUGCGAGCGCGCCGGUGAGAGGGUCCCACAGCAGCCCGCACGCGGGACGAAGCAUGGCGGCCGCCAAGGUGGCUUUAACCAAGAGAGCGGAUCCCGCUGAGCUUAGAACAAUAUUUUUGAAGUAUGCAAGCAUUGAGAAAAAUGGUGAAUUUUUCAUGUCUCCCAAUGACUUUGUCACUCGCUAUUUGAACAUUUUUGGAGAAAGCCAGCCUAAUUCAAAGACUGUGGAACUUUUAAGCGGUGUGGUGGAUCAAACCAAAGAUGGAUUAAUAUCCUUUCAAGAAUUUGUAGCAUUUGAAUCUGUCCUGUGCGCCCCGGAUGCUUUGUUCAUGGUGGCCUUUCAGCUGUUUGACAAAGCUGGCAAAGGAGAAGUGACGUUUGAGGACGUUAAACAAGUCUUUGAACAGACCACAAUUCAUCAACGUAUUCCAUUUAACUGGGAUUCAGAAUUUGUGCAACUACAUUUUGGGAAAGAAAGAAAGAGAUGCCUGACAUAUGCGGAAUUCACUCAGUUCUUGCUGGAAAUACAGUUGGAGCAUGCAAAGCAAGCCUUUGUGCAGAGAGACAAUGCCAAGACCGGAAAAGUCACAGCCAUUGACUUCCGAGACAUCAUGGUCACCAUCCGCCCCCAUGUCUUGACACCUUUCGUAGAAGAAUGCCUAGUAGCUGCUGCUGGAGGUACCACGUCCCAUCAGGUCAGUUUCUCCUAUUUUAAUGGAUUUAAUUCACUCCUUAACAACAUGGAACUCAUUAGAAAGAUCUACAGCACUCUGGCCGGCAGCAGGAAAGAUGUGGAGGUGACUAAGGAGGAGUUUGUUCUGGCAGCUCAGAAAUUUGGUCAGGUUACACCCAUGGAAGUUGACAUCUUGUUUCAGUUAGCAGAUUUAUAUGAGCCACGGGGACGGAUGACCUUAGCAGACAUUGAGCGAAUCGCUCCCCUGGAAGAGGGAACUCUGCCCUUCAACUUGGCCGAGGCCCAGAGGCAGAAGGCCCCCGUCGAUUCAUCUCGCCCAGUUCUCCUACAAGUCGCAGAGUCAGCCUACAGAUUCGGUCUGGGUUCUAUUGCUGGAGCUGUGGGAGCCACUGCCGUGUAUCCCAUCGAUCUUGUCAAAACUCGAAUGCAGAACCAGCGAUCAACUGGCUCUUUUGUGGGAGAACUUAUGUAUAAAAACAGCUUUGACUGUUUUAAGAAAGUGCUACGCUACGAAGGCUUCUUUGGACUGUAUAGAGGUCUGUUGCCACAGUUAUUGGGAGUCGCCCCAGAGAAGGCCAUAAAACUCACAGUGAAUGAUUUUGUGAGAGAUAAAUUCAUGCACAAAGAUGGUUCGGUCCCAAUUGCAGCAGAAAUUCUGGCCGGAGGCUGCGCAGGUGGUUCCCAGGUGAUCUUCACAAAUCCUUUGGAAAUCGUCAAGAUCCGCUUGCAAGUGGCUGGGGAAAUCACCACCGGUCCCCGAGUCAGUGCUCUGUCUGUCGUGAGGGACCUGGGGUUCUUUGGGAUUUACAAGGGUGCCAAAGCAUGCUUUCUGCGGGACAUUCCUUUCUCAGCCAUCUAUUUCCCGUGCUACGCUCACGUGAAGGCUUCCUUUGCAAACGAAGAUGGGCAGGUUAGCCCUGGAAGCCUGCUCUUGGCUGGUGCCAUAGCUGGUAUGCCAGCGGCAUCUUUAGUGACCCCUGCUGAUGUUAUCAAGACUCGAUUACAGGUGGCCGCCAGGGCCGGCCAAACCACUUACAGCGGCGUGACAGACUGCUUUCGGAAGAUCCUGCAGGAGGAAGGCCCGAAAGCCCUGUGGAAAGGAGCUGGCGCUCGUGUGCUUCGAUCCUCACCCCAGUUUGGUGUGACUUUGCUGACAUAUGAAUUGCUGCAGCGCUGGUUCUACGUUGAUUUUGGAGGAGUGAAACCCAUGGGCUCCGAGGCAGUUCCUAAAUCCCGGAUCACGCUGCCCGCUCCCAGUCCUGAUCACGUUGGGGGCUACAGACUGGCAGUAGCCACAUUCGCAGGGAUUGAAAACAAAUUCGGACUGUACCUACCUCUCUUCAGGCCAUCAGCAUCUACCUCAAAAGUCACCAGUGGAGGCCCCUAGGAAUGCCUGACUCGGGGGUGUCGCGAUAGCUCUGUUGUUACAUGGGUAAAGAAUGCCCAUCUCGGGUGGAAGCAAUAUUUCAUUCCUUUCACGUCUAUCUCUUGUUUAAAUUCAAGUCCAGGCUUUUUUUUUUUUUUUUUUUUUAAUGAGGAAAAUCAUUCCUUUUCUUUGUGUUUUCUUAACCAGAUCAUUGUAAAAUUAUUCAUAAUUCCUCUUCGGGCCUCCUGCUCACAAACCUUUGUGCCUGACAUUUGCUAGGUUUUGGUCAACACUCACAUGAUUUGGGAGAAAGAGCAAAUCUGAAUAGAAAUUAGAGCUGUUCUCCUUGGAUUAGGAUUAUAAUCCCAAAGAGGCUACUGCAAGGCAAUCACGAUGCUCAGAGCAAAGUGUUCCAUGAGCUUUUGAACUGGUAAGAAGCUGGGUGCGUAUUUGGGAAAAGCAUAAAGCCCUGGAAGCAAUGAAAACAUGGUCAGAAGUAGCCAGCCUCGCCUGGCUUCAGAUUUUAAACGCACACUAAGUCUGGCCUCUGGAUUAUAUUAUAAAGCUUUUAUGUGAAACAUGUUUUAUUUUAUUUUUUUGUAAUGAAAACCACAUUGAAGAUAUUUAAUAAUCAUAUUCUGUUACUGGUACCAAGACUACUGGUGAGAAGGCUUGUACUUGAGGGAAGUCCUUACGGCAUUUUCUUACGUAGAUGGAGAGAGACCGUGAGACGCCACACUUCUGUGUUAGACCUGCUAACUUGGAAAAACUGCUCGUCGGCUGCACCUGUGCUGGCUCUGCCUGUUGCAGUGGACACUAGGAAAAUGCGUGCCCGUUCCUGGUACCUGCCCUGAUCCCCUCCCGACCCCCGCUCAGGUGGCACCCAUUUGCUUUAAAAUCCGCUCUAUCUUGAAUCAUGUAAGACAAAUGUACUCUUAAGUUUUUAUUUAAUUUGUGGUGCCUUGGAUAAUGGUCAGAAGGCUUGUGUAUCUGCGAAGGAGGAAAUAAACUAUUUUUAAAGCUA